AGAACUAUUAUUCUCUGUGUCAUCGAUUCCACUCGAGAUUUGGCUUUAAACAAAAUCUUUCAGUUGGUCAAUCAAGUGGACCCUAAUGGGGAUCGAACCGUAGUAGUGUUUACCAAGAUUGACAAAUGUUUGCAAGACCACUCAAGAAUGACUCAUUUUUUAGACCAAGUUAAAUCGCAGGACUACCACACAUUCAAGAAUCACGUGUUUGUCAAUAGUCUAUUGGACGACGACGAAGAGCUCAAAUUUUUCCAUUUUGUGCACGAAAAUUUUGGAAUCGAUAUGGCUAACUGCACGUACAAGUGUCUGUACUCGACAGUUUGUGGAAUGCUGCUCAAACCUGUGCUUCUUGAGUUCAGGUCGUCGUGGAAUAAAGUCGAAAACUUUCGGUCAAAAUUAAUCGAGGAAAGAAACCGACUCCCAAGAGAUCUUGCGAGCGCAGCUGACAUGGCAUCCGCGAAGUUGACGGAGUUCAUUGAAGUUAGUCGGGAGGCUUUGAAAGGAAACUUUGUGGCUAGACGAUCUUGCAAUGACUUGUUUUUCAAGUAUCGGCAGUGCUUCAGAAUUUUCAAGCAAGAAUACCAGGACAAAAUGGUGGAGGUUCAGCGGUCAUUUUUAAUGGAUGACGUCGCAGUACGUUGGAGACAUCAAGAAAUGGUGAAUUUUGAUAACUGGUCCAACUUCAAAGGUUUCGCGAUACCGAUCAUUACGUCAUUUCUGAACCCGGCGAUCAAAUGUCAUAAUGCGGUUCGCAACAUCAACAAAGACGUGGUCUGUGACUUGGUUUGGGAAAUUUUCGACGGCCAAGAAACGCAUGCAAGCUUCUUGAUCGAAAAAAUUGGAGAGUUGUGUGACACGCAAGAGCAUCUUGUGAAUGACAGGCUCCAUCAAAUGUAUGAAUACGAGCAAUAUUUCUACACUGAUGGAGAACUCUAUGAAAAAUUGCUAGAAAGGUAUGCAAUGGGCAGCAGCGGUGGUAGUGGUCUAAGCAAUGGAAGGUACUCUGAACCAUGGAACGGAUCCAAUCCAGGAGGUGUUGCUCCUGAACCGCUUCAUACCCCAGUAAAAGAGACGAAACCGGAUGCUUUUUCCAAAAAGCAGUUUUCGAAACUGUACGGCAAGAAGAAGAAGGCGCCUAGUGGAUCUACGUUGACGUUGAACAAAAUUGCGGACGACAACGAGAGUCUCUCGGAUUUGAAAGCGGUAGUUGACGCCGAGCUGGAAUAUACUGACGAAGACGUGGGGAAAUUCUACAAGGGCCUGGAGUCGAACUUUGAACAAACAAAAGACACGAGGCACAAUUUGAGCAAAAAGAUGACGUAUGACAUCGCACUAAAGAUCAUGAAAGAACUGGCAUUGGAUCGGAUCUGCACGGUGGUUCCGGCGCAGAUUUUGAACGGCAUGAAUGAAGAACUGCAGAGAAAGAUCCAGUUGAUUGAUCGGUCCUGCGCGGAGUUCCUGGAAUUGCCCUGGCAGACAACAAGAGCCCAGAUGCGAAGGGCGGAAAUUGAUGAACAGGAGGCGCUCAUCAGGAAGUGGAAGGAUGACUUCGCUAGGGUCGAGAAACAGAUUAACAGUGCCAACAUUAAAUAAUAUAGUUGCUCAACACAAAAGCAAUUGAUACUAAAAUAAUACUGCUCGCUCGCUUUAAUCGCUCUAAAUUGAACUGAAACUCAAAAACUUCAAACCAGUUUUUCUCGACACUGGGAAAACUUUUUGAAAUUGUUUAAAAGUCGCUCGGAUCGGGGUUGAAAAGGCUUCAAUAUGUUAUAUCACCCCACUCAAUCUCAUGAUUAAUUGUGGUAACUGAUUUGGUUG